GUACGAGCAGAGCGAGUGGGGCUGGAAGGAGCGGGAGAAGCGGGAGGAACUGCGGGACGACCGAGCCUGGUACCUGAUCGCCCGCGAGCCCGGCGCUGGCCCCGUCGCCUUCUCCCACUUCCGUUUCGACGUCGAGUGCGGCGAUGAGGUUCUCUACUGCUACGAGGUGCAGCUGGAGAGCAGGGUGCGACGGCGAGGGCUGGGCAAGUUCCUCUUACAGAUCCUCCAGCUGGUGGCUAACAG